AUGACAUCAGACGCGCCAACCGAAGCUAUUCAACUAGACAGCUUCGCAGAAUGCAUAGAACACUGCUCACGGUUCUGGGGCCCCGGCGGAGGAUGUUUCGGCGUCCUCUGGGUAGACCCCGACAACAUCUGCUACAUGAAGAACAGCAGCGCGACCGUCGAUCUCCUCGAACCAAACCCCCACCGGUACACCGCCCUCAUCGAGAGGAGCGAAAUGAACGGCUUCGACGAAACAUGUCCGCACGAGGAUCUUUCCACCAACACCCUCCCCGGCGUCCACGGCAUGCAAUACACCACGCACUGCGGGCAGAUGAUCAAGGCAAACGUAGCUGACUUUGACGGGUAUCCCCAUCUCGAGGGCAACUACCAAUGGUUCCACCACGCCGAGUCCCUCGAUGAAUGCAUGCAGAUAUGCGUCGAUUCGCAACCGCUCUGCACAGCCGUAUUCUGGAACCCUACCAUGGUAAUCGGUUUCGCCAACUGCAUUCUCAAGACGGGCGAUGAUUCUGGAUACACAGAUAGCCUGGACGUAGGCGCGGGAAUCAUCCUCUUUCACUCGGCAGUCAUGACGCAAAUUGAUCAAAUCGAUACGAAAUGUCCAGAUCGGGAAUCGUAUACCGCGGCCGCGGGCACGGCGGAUGCGAAGGGCUUUGAAGUGCACUGUGGGAGGUUGAAUCCGGGGACUAAUAUUACGAGUUUGCAUUCGCAGAAUAUUACGGCUUGUAUGGAUGCUUGCGCCGAGGAGAACGUGGGCUGUAAAGCUAUUCUCUUCGACUCGACAUUGAAAGGCGGGUUCAACAAUUGCUACCUCCAGAACACUACGAGUGUGAUUAGCGAGCAGCCAGGCGCGACUUACGCUGUCCUCCUCGACGUGGAGAUCCCCUCUUCCUCCCCAUCAUCUGGAGCCACCCUAAACAGCAACGACUCCUCCCCCAGCAAAGCAUGGAUAGCAGGCCCGGUAAUCGGCGGUCUGGUCGCCCUCGCACUAAUCGGCUUUGCGGCCUUCUGGUGGCGCAAGAGAAAGGCGAUGAAGCUUGCUAACGGAGAGAAGAGCCCGUAUAAUAGAGAGAGCAUGUAUGGUGCUGUGCCGCCGCAGUACGUUGAUGCGCAGCACGUGGAUGCCCAGUAUGUGGAUGCGCCGGAUUCGGAUACUGUGAGGAGUGAGUUGCCGGCUAGUACGAAGUAUGCGCAUAAUCAUGGGCCGAGGAGUGAGCCGCAGGAGAUGCCUUCCUAG